CUUCUGAGAUGUUGUUGGUGCUGUUCGCUCGGUGGAUGUGGAUCUUGCUGGGGAAGAGCAGUGUCCUCUUGCUUCUGGAGGUCUCUCUGAAAGGGAGAGCUCUACCUCCAAUCCGCUAUUCCCACGCUGGGAUAUGCCCCAAUGACAUGAACCCCAACCUGUGGGUAGACGCGCAGAGCACUUGCAAGAGAGAGUGCGAAGCUGACCUGGAGUGUGAGACCUUUGAGAAGUGCUGCCCCAAUGUCUGUGGAACUAAGAGUUGCGUGGCAGCUCGGUACAUGGACGUCAAGGGGAAAAAAGGGCCGGUGGGAAUGCCCAAAGAGGCAACCUGUGACCGUUUCAUGUGCAUCCAGCAAGGCUCAGAGUGCGACAUCUGGGAUGGACAACCCGUCUGCAAGUGCAAGGACAGGUGUGAGAAGGAACCAAGCUUCACCUGUGCCUCUGAUGGGCUCACCUACUACAACAAGUGCUAUAUGGAUGCAGAAGCUUGCAUCAAAGGCAUUACCCUGAAUGUAGUCACCUGUAGGUACCAUCUUACCUGGCCAAACACCAGCCCUAUCCCACUAGAAACAACAGCUCGCCCUACUACUGCCUAUUCUGAGACAACGGUCACUGAUAUCUUGCCGCCUGCUCUAGUGAACAACCCUGUCCAUCAGUCAGUCUACCUGGGAGAGACUGUCAGCUUCCUCUGUGAUGUUACAGGGAGACCCAAGCCAGAAAUCACGUGGGAGAAGCAGGUCGAUGGGAAAGACAAAGUCAUCAUGAAGCCAAAUCACGUCAGAGGGAAUGUCGUGGUCACCAACAUCGCCCAACUGGUCAUCUACAACACCCAGCUCCAAGAUGCAGGCAUUUACACCUGCACAGCAAAAAACAGCGGUGGCCUUCUCAGGGCUGAUUUCCCUUUGUCAGUCAUCAAAGGAGAACCCACAUCCAAAGAAACUUCCCACAACAAAACACAUUUUCCAACUGAUGAGUGCCUGAAGCAACCAGACAGCGAAGACUGUGGGGAAGAGCAGACCAGGUGGUACUAUGAUGCAAAGAAAAACAACUGCUUUACUUUCAUCUAUGGGAACUGUAACAGCAACCUCAACCACUUUGAGACCUACGAGAACUGUAUGUUAACGUGCAUGAAUGGCCCCAUCAACAUUUGCAAUCUGCCAGCCCUCCAAGGUCACUGCAAAGCCUAUGAGCCCAGAUGGGCCUACAACAGCUUGACAAAGCAGUGCCAGUCCUUCAUUUAUGGUGGGUGUGGAGGUAACGAGAACAACUUUGAGAGCCGGGAGGCCUGUGAAGAGAUGUGCCCUUUCCCGAAGAACACACACUGCAAAGCUUGCAAACCACGCCAGAAGCUGGUGACAAGCUUCUGCAAAAGCGACUUUGUUAUCCUGGGCCGGAUAACAGAGCUGACCGAAGACCAAGACUCGGGACAUGCCCUGGUGACAGUGGAGGAGAUUCUCAAAGAUGAAAAAAUGGGAUUAAAAUUCCUGGGGAAAGAACCACUAGAAAUCACGCUUUUGAACAUGGACUGGAGCUGCCCAUGUCCUAACAUGACCACAGUGGAUGGCCAGCUCAUCAUCAUGGGAGAUGUCCACAACGGCAUGGCUGUCCUACAGCCAGACAGCUUUGUGGGGACCUCCAGCAUCCGGCGCGUGCGGAAACUCCGUGAAGUCAUCCACAAGAAAACCUGUGAGCUUUUGAAAGAGUUCCUAGGAUUGCAUUAACCUCCUGCACACGUGUCAGCCUUCCAGACCCGUGUGCUACGUAGGGCUAACAAGCGCUAGGCUAGUGCGCAAACUAAACGAGCUCUUUGCAGAUACACCGUAGGAAUUAUGCAGAACCCUUAUUUUAAUCCAUUAAUGAUGCUUAGCAACAAUGUAGUGUGGUCUUUGGCAAGCACAUAAAACAGCAGCAAAAGGCUAUUAAUCUUGCAUUGAAAUCAAUUUGUCCAUAUAGGAGUGCCAUUUAACUAGAUGACUCACUGCAGUAAUUAUACAAUUUUUAUGUAGCUUCCAUCAUAAAUGACGGAACUCAUAGCAUUUGUUUAGCUAAUUGGUACACAGCUCAGUAAUAUAUAAUGUCAAUUUUAUCUGUCUCAUUUACAGUAUGGAAAUGCUAUGGUAAGUCAUUAUAAAUAAGUCACACUCUUGUUUCCUUAUAGCAGCACUAACAUUUCAAGAGAAAAGCCUGUAAAUUAUUGUCGAUAUUUACAAUUGUGCACAUUUAAC